AUGAACGCCGAACCAGCCGCGGCGCCAGGAGCAGCUAUCGCGCGCCCUGUAAAGGAUGAAAAGGCAGCCGUAGACCAAAGCCACUUAAGGCAAACCAUCGAGAGCAUAAAACAGGAUGCCAGCGCAGAAAGUAGUGACCAGGCUAAGCAGAACAGGAAGGAAGAAACCAUAGCAUGGCGUGUGGUUCUAUAUAACGACGACAUCCAUAGUUUCACAUAUGUCACAGAAGCCCUGGCCAGCGCCAUACCGCAACUCAGCAGAGAAGUUGCACACACUAUCACCGUAGAAGCCCAUAAUUCCGGACAAGCAACAGUUCUGCGCACAUGGCAGAAGAAGGCAGAGGCCUAUUGCACCGGUAAGUGGCUAUAG